GACCCAGCACUGCAGCUGGGAUGGGCUGGAACCCGGGGGCUGCUCUGCUCAGCUCCCGCGUCUGUGCCAGGAGGGGCAAUGGGAGGCCUCCUGCUCUUGGGACACAGGACGAGCAGCCACAUUUUAUAGCUAGGGAAACUGAGGCAUGAGGCUACAGGGGCAUGCUGGGGUCACUCUGGGCUCUCCCACCACCCCGCCAGCAGUCUGGGGUCAGUGGCCACCGCAGCUACCUGCCCUGUGCCCAGCAGGGACCCCAGUUCCCUCCUCCCCAGGCCUGGUUCAGGCGGCGGAGGCUGCUGUUUUUUCUAAAAGAUUCUGAUGGCUCAUCUUUUAAGCUUUUUUUUUUUUUUUUUAAACCACCCAAACAAGCCAGAAAGGGCUGAGCCAUGAGGGCCACAAGGGGACAGAAGGGGGGAUCCUGGGAGGGGGGAACCCUGCUUGUCCCCAGCCUCUCUGUAUAGCUACCGCAGUGGGAUCGGUGCUGGGAGGGUCUGGGCAUUGCCAGUGGAUGGGAGGACGCUCCUGUUCCAGGGCUGGGGCAUGCCCUGGAGAGAGGCACAGUGGGUGGGACCAGCUCCUGGCAUCUUUGGUGCCCAGCUGGCCACUGUUGCGAGUGAGUCAAUGCUGCCUCUUGUGUGGGGGGAGUGGAUGGGCUGCCUGGCCGGGUAGUGGGGGGCUCAACCCCUGACUCUGGCCCACCUCUGAGCCUCCCCCAGAGAAGACAGGCUGCGGGCAGCAGGGAGGGGAACACCUUCUCCCAGGUUGCUUUCCAAAGCUGUGUUUGUAGAAGAAAAAAGGCAAUAAGGUGGAGGUGAAAGGGGAGCAGAGCAUGUAGGUGUUCAGGGCAGGAGACGUGGAGGAGGGCUCCAGGGGAUCACAGUUCAGCAGUGGCUCCACGUAGCUCAUCAGCUGCCUGUUAGAUUCAGCCUGGAGUCAGGUGUUGGUUACAGCCUUCAGAGGAGGAGAAGACCACAGCUCCAGCUGCGUGGCUCUGUGGGGUGCUGGAACUGUCUGGGUGUCACAGUGCCUGGGUGCAGCAUGGAGGGGCACAGGGCGAGAUGGAUGGGCUGCUCCAAGAGAUGGGCCAGGGCAGAUUUCCAACCCCCGGAAGGCAGGGCAGCAGUGGGAUGCGGGGCUCUCAUCUGAGCCCUUUCCUGCCCAGACCAUCCCAGGAGAGGCUCGGGAGGAGAGCUUCACUGAGGAGGGCUGGGGGAGGAUUUAGCCCCUCUGGUUGCUGGCUGGAGGCAGCCCUUUGAGACUGGCCUCUGGCGAGCACUGCUCACAGGGGAGGAAAGGGGGUUGAGCAUUAUCCCUGCACUCCUGCAGGCUCCAUGAAUGCAAGAGGGCAAGGAUGAUUUUACGGGUACUGCUCUCGGCAGCAUGGCACUGCGGCUAUUGGAGGCCAGGACCUACCCACAAUGUUUUAGGGACUGGCCUUCUGCGGCUGUCCCUUGCACACUGCCAAGUCAGCAUGUCUCCAGCACAGAGCGCCUGUGGUGUGGCAGGAGGAAACAGCCCACACAAACACACACGCAUGAUGUUGGAGGGGAGGAGGGAGCCUGCUGGGUGUUGCUGCUCAGGCUAUGCGCUCCUCCCCGGGGGCUACGCUUCUCACAGCCUCCCUGGCUCCCUCCCUCUCCAGCUGUCUGUGUCCGUCUGUCUGCCUGCAGACCCAGGGGCCCCCUCCAGCAUCCAGCGGGAGCCAAAGCUGGCUGGGUGGUGGCUUGGUCUGCAGCCUGGCAUCGGAGAGGGGACGUGAGAGGGAGAGGUCAAAUCGCAAAUACCCGACACUGACCGGCUGCAGACCUCUGCAGCUGAUUCCCCUCGUGGGGGUCCCAGCACCCCUUGGCUGCCCCUCAGCAACCUGGUGAGCACGGCACGGAGGAGGCCGGCGGGGCCAACAUGGCCAGCGUCAUCCUGGAGAGCAUCUUCUUGAAGCGCUCACAGCAGAAGAAGAAAACAUCUCCCCUCAACUUCAAGAAGCGCCUGUUCCUGUUGACGGAGAGCAAGCUGUCCUACUACGAGUAUGACUUUGAGCGGGGGCGCCGGGGCAGUAAGAAGGGCUCAGUGGACAUUGAGAAGAUCACCUGUGUGGAGACGGUGGUGCCUGAAAACAACCCUCCCCCCGAGCGGCAGGUCCCGAGGAAAGGAGACGAUUACAACAUGGAGCAGAUCUCAAUCAUUGAAAGGUUCCCCUACCCCUUCCAGGUGGUAUAUGACGAAGGGCCCCUCUACGUCUUCUCCCCGACAGAGGAGUUGCGCAAACGCUGGAUCCAUCAGCUGAAGAGCGUGAUCCGGUACAACAGCGACCUGGUACAAAAGUAUCACCCCUGCUUCUGGAUCGACGGCCAGUACCUGUGCUGCUCCCAGACAGCCAAGAACGCCAUGGGCUGCCAGAUCCUGGAGAGCAGGAAUGGCAGUUUAAAAGUUGGGCGGUCACAUCGCAAGACAAAGAAGCCUCUUCCCCCUACUCCUGAGGAGGACCAGAUGGUGAUGAAGCCCCUGCCUCCCGAGCCAGCCCCCAGCACAGCAGGUGAGAUGAAGAAGGUGGUGGCCCUCUACAACUACCUUCCGAUGAACGCGCAGGACCUGCAACUGCAGAAGGGUGAGGAGUACUUCAUCCUGGAGGAAAGCCACCUGCCCUGGUGGAAAGCCCGUGACAAGAAUGGAAGGGAAGGAUACAUACCCAGCAACUAUGUCACUGAAACCAGCAAUUCCCUGGAGAUCUUUGAGUGGUACUCAAAGAAUAUCACUCGGAGCCAAGCGGAGCAACUGCUGAAACAGGAGGGCAAGGAAGGGGGCUUCAUUGUCCGAGACUCCACCAGCAAGACAGGGAAAUACACUGUCUCUGUCUACGCCAAGUCCUCUGUAGACCCCCAAGGCACGGUCCGCCAUUAUGUUGUAUGCUGCACGCCCCAGAAUCAGUAUUACCUGGCAGAAAAGCACCUGUUCAACACUAUCCCGGAGCUCAUCACAUACCAUCAGCACAACUCUGCUGGGCUCAUAUCCAGACUGAAGUACCCCGUGUCUCAACAUCAGAAAAGUGCUCCUUCCACAGCUGGCCUCGGCUAUGGGUCAUGGGAGAUUGACCCAAAGGAUCUGACCUUCCUGAAGGAACUGGGGACUGGGCAGUUUGGCGUGGUGAAGUACGGGAAAUGGAGAGGCCAGUACGACGUUGCUAUCAAGAUGAUCAGGGAGGGUUCCAUGUCAGAGGAUGAGUUUAUCGAUGAAGCCAAAGUCAUGAUGAACCUGUCUCAUGAGAAGCUGGUGCAGCUCUACGGUGUCUGCACCAAGCAGCGUCCCAUCUUCAUCAUCACAGAGUACAUGGCCAAUGGCUGCCUCCUGAACUUCCUGAGGGAAACUCGGCAGCGGUUCCAGCCUGCUGAGCUGCUGGAGAUGUGCAAGGAUGUCUGUGAAGCUAUGGAGUACCUGGAAUCCAAGCAAUUCCUGCACCGAGAUCUGGCUGCUCGCAACUGUUUGGUGAACGACCAAGGAAUUGUGAAAGUAUCAGAUUUUGGCCUUUCCAGGUAUGUUCUAGAUGACGAGUAUACAAGCUCCAUGGGGUCAAAGUUUCCAGUGCGAUGGUCUCCCCCUGAAGUGCUUCUGUACAGCAAGUUCAGCAGCAAGUCUGAUGUCUGGGCUUUUGGCGUUCUGAUGUGGGAAGUGUACUCUCUGGGAAAGAUGCCUUACGAGAGGUUUAACAACAGCGAGACGACAGAGCACGUCAUCCAAGGCCUGCGCCUCUACCGGCCGCAGCAGGCCUCAGAGCGGGUCUAUGCCAUCAUGUACAGCUGCUGGCAUGAGGCUCCAGCAGGGCCCCCCCUCUUGCAUGGCAGAAGGCCGAGGAGCGCCCCACCUUCACGGCACUGCUGGGCAGCAUCCGGGACAUCACGGACGAGGAGCCCUGACCCUAGGCUGGGCCGGCCCAGCCCGCUGACCCCUGCCUGGUGCUGAUGGCUGCUACUACUGGGCUGGUGCUGCCCCACUACCCGCCGGGACUGACCUGCGCACCGGACGGUACCUCAGCACCGCUGUCACGGACACGGCACGGGCCACACCCCGGGGCAAGCAGAGGCCUGAGGGGCCGCCACGCCGCAGCCCCCGUCACCGGCAGCAUCCCUCACAGCCAAGGACAGAGGCGGGGCCCCUGACAGCCGCGGCCCCGGCCGGCCCCGGUGCCGACCAGCCCCGCUGGGUUCCGCAGGCGGCGGCGGCGGGCCGGGCCUGUGCACAAUAAACGGUUCCCGACGC